GUAAGGGAGUCCUGUCUUUCUCGAGCAUUUCUUUUCCAUCUCCCUCCUCAAGGCGUCAGCCUAGGGAGCCAGUUGAAUCUGGUCUUGCCAAGAGCCUAAUACCAAUGAACGAACUAAACAGCGGAAACCGGAUCUCUACCCUCCGUCGAAAAUAUCGGUGUUUUCGACACAUCUGUAAAAUCCACGAUUCUGUGACCGAAUUGGCGCAAGCGCGUGAAAGCAUAAGGGUGACAGACGAGGAGAUCAGACAACCUGCGAGCCUUUUCGCGGAUUCUUCGAAGUCGGAGAGUUCCAAUUCGGGGAAAAAUAGUCGCCGUCGAGUCCCGAGUCCGAGUCCGAGUCAUGAAAUCCACCGGACCGUCAACGCAGAAAACCAUCGUCCAAAGCAAGAAUCGACAUCGGUCAAGUCAACUCGUUGCUCAUUGGAAGAGAUCAGAAACCUCGCACAUGCUCUCCUUUUCAUCUCUCCUUGCUUCAUCUCACUUCCUCGCCUGUGGUUCCUCCUCCUCUUCUCUCCACUCCCCAAUCCUGUCUGUCUGUCUAUCUGUCUGUCAUAGCAGAAACAGAUAUAACCAUUCACACAAUGCAAUGUAUGCAUUGAAUGAUUGAUCCCAAAGACCCAAUCCAGCCCAGUAACUCUCAGUCAAAAAGAUAACCUCUCUCUCUCGCUCUCGCGGCAUGUGCCAGAAGAGCCGCCCAUU